AUGCCAAAAAAACGAGUUGUGGUAAAUCUAUCUGAGAAAUACGAUAAUAUACGCAUUCCUCGAUCUCUGCUUCCUGCUGAGAAUAAUAAUGUGUACACGGAACAGGUGAUUCUCUACAUAUCGCCUCCAUGUGUGGAAAAUACCUCAGAAUGGGAUAUGCAGCUCGAUAACACUAUUAAUAGAAAGAAGGAGAAGAGGAAUAAUAAUAGUAAUAAUAAUGUGAACGAGGAUGAUAUUAUUUCUUCUUUUACUCCUGCUGAAAGAUUCUCAUCGUGGACCCCGGCACCGCUAUUGGGUGAGCAGGAUACAGCGAGAGCAUCACUUACGUACAUGGUGAAACCUCCACGCAGUCCCAUCAUGCGUGGGAGACUCUCACGUUCACCAAAAUAG